AUGGCCGAUACUUUCCACGACUAUAACGGACCGGCCUCGACAGCGCCUCGAUCGGUUCGCAAGAAGUUUGCUAAACCGCCAGUUAAGGUGGCCUGUCUGCCCUGUCGGGCUUCGAGAACACGUUGUGGCGGCCAGAUGCCAUGCGCGAAUUGUGUUAGCAAAGACAGAGAAUGCUCUUAUCUACCCAGCAAACGAGGCGGGCCACGCAAAAAGAAGGAAAAGUCCUCCCUGUCGCCAGAACAGGAAUCAAGACGAGAUGAGGCUCUGUAUAACGCUGUCCCUUCACCCCCGGAGUUUGAAGAAGCACCGGGGAUGUUCAACCAAAUCGAUGAGCUCUCUCUGCCUGGCGCAGGUUUGAGACAUUUAGAUUUCCAAUCCGAAGUUCCUUCCAUGUUCCAGAGCUUCUUCACUGGCGAUGGUAGUCAGUCGCACAUGCAAGUGCCCUUGACAUCACCGCCCUUAAACAGCGCUCGAACGUUCGUAAGGACCUAUGGAAGCGAACCCGAAAUAUUGAAUGCCUAUUAUGACUUCAUUCAUAACUAUUUCCCCAUUCUUCCACCACGGGCAUCACCACCGUGCCGGGAUCGACCAUUAAACUGUUCUGUUCCAUGUUCGAAUACAUCUGAACCGAUGAUGAUGUACCGGCCUCGUUCACCUCUAAGUCUUGCACUAUCUGCAGUCUUGGCUUUGAUUCCGCAUCCAAGUGAUCUUGAGCCAUCGUCCGCAACGUCUGUAGUCCAGCGCAGAACAUACGCGCAUGCUUUCGCCCAACUCGCCCAUUCAACAAUUGAAGCGGAGUGUGAUCUUGAUAUAUCCUCGACUGAUCCCGGUCAGGCAUUGUCUGCCGCGCGACCUUUUGUUGGACGUGAAAGAUUCCACUCGCAAACUCCGGUGGACUAUGAGAGCCUCCUGGCUCUCUUGGUGCUUUCAGUUUAUGAAUACGCCCAACGCGGCAACUUGCUCAAGAUGCGGUAUCGUGCUGGCCAGGCUCUCGCAAUUGCUUUGGACAAGUCAAUGCAUGCGCAAAUGGAGAAUGAUGAAUUCUCGGAAGCUCGACGGAGAGCCUGGUGGAUGACGUAUUAUUGUGUGAUUCAAGGAUCUAUUGUUAGCACGACAGUGAGUAAUACAGGUCUCCAAACAUUACUGGAGCUGAUGAAGAACCAGAUGCCUGCUAUCGUUAUCAAUGACCCGCAGUUCACGACUCCAUAUCCGUCGUUUGCAUCAGACGCCGAGGGUUGGGCUAUUCUGAUACAAGCUCAACAAGUGCUUGUAUCGGCAACCCAGUUUAUCGGCGAUCUGAACAAGUGCCUUUCGUCCCAAUCAGGGAUGUACUACAUGUUCGAACGAAUGCAGCAACUUGAUGCAUGGACCCAUUCUGUGAUUGCACAGGCGGAGCUACUCCCCCUUAUACCCCAGACAUCAGAUUUCGGCGAUCACAACGAAUCCAUCACAGCCCAAAGCAUACGUGCAAUAUCCCGAAUCAAACUAUCUAGUGCCCAAAUAAAAACGCACCGCUUCCGAGCCUUCUCAGACAUCCCCCUCUUCAUCAAAAAACAUUGCGACCUGACAUCAGCAAAUCCAAACAGCGCCACCACAACCGUCAGCACCAAAGCCGCCGGCAUCCACAACCUCACCUGCUCCUGCUCAAACCUAAACUCCUUCGAACGAGCAGCUUCAACAGAAUAUAUGACCCCAUCCGAUUCUUCCACCUCAUCAGACAUCCACCCUGAAAUCAACUCAUACGCGCCCCAGUACUCUCAAUAUCCAUUCGCGGCGGGGUUCCCCUACAGCACCCAGCACUCCGCGAAAAUCUGCCUUCGCGCCGCACUCGUCAUCUCCCGCAUGUUCCACAGCCUGCCAGUCCCACAGCCUCUCUUAGAUCCCCAGCAGCAGCAAGGUCGUCCAUUGCCCCGGACCAUGCCAUCCUUCGCAUGCUGUCUGAUGCAAAGUAGCUAUGCUAUGUUCAUGCUUUACUACAAAGCGCGCGUGGCGAAGCAGCUUGCGCCUGAACCAGAGAAUGAGCAUUGCGGAGAUUCGACUGGCCAGCUCAUUGAGGAACUACGGCAGGGUUUGGAGCGGAUCAUUGGGGCCGUGUCGAAUUAUUCGCUUGCUUUUGAGGCCCUCGAUGGAAUGAGAGAUGAAAUCGAAGGUGCAUAUAAAACGGCGUUCCCACUAGCAUCUGUUUAA